GGGCCGAGCGGGCCGGGCCGGGCCGGGCCGGGCCGGUGGCGGCGGGGGGGCCCCGCCAUGGCCCACUUCGAGACGCAGUACCAGCGCCUGGAGAGCUCCUCCACCGAGUCCCCCCCCGGCGGCGGCGACCUGCUCGUCCACGUCCCCGAGGGUGCCAAGUCUCCGUGGCAUCACAUCGAGAACCUGGACCUCUUCUUUUCUCGAGUCUAUAACCUGCAUCAGAAGAAUGGCUUCACUUGCAUGCUCAUUGGAGAGAUCUUUGAGCUCAUGCAGUUCAUCUUUGUGGUGGCGUUUACCACCUUUCUUAUCAGCUGUGUUGAUUAUGACAUCCUCUUUGCCAACAAAGCAUUAAAUCACAGCCAGCAUCCCAGUGAGCCCAUUAAGGUGACUUUGCCAGAUGCCUUCCUGCCUCCAAAUGUCUGCAGUGCAAGAAUCCAGGCAAACAGCUUCCUCAUCUGCAUCCUGGUGAUAGCUGGGGUUUUCUGGAUCCACCGACUUGUCAAAUUUAUCUACAACAUUUGCUGCUACUGGGAGAUUCACUCUUUCUACAUCAAUGCCCUGAAAAUCCCUAUGUCCACCUUGCCCUACUAUACCUGGCAGGAGGUGCAGGCCCGCAUAGUGCAGAUCCAGAAGGAGCACCAGAUCUGCAUCCACAAGAAGGAGCUGACGGAGCUGGACAUCUAUCACCGCAUCCUUCGCUUCAAGAACUACAUGGUGGCCAUGGUGAACAAGUCACUGCUGCCCAUCCGCUUCCGCCUGCCACUGCUGGGAGACACAGUCUUCUACACACGUGGGCUCAAGUACAACUUUGAGCUCAUCUUCUUCUGGGGUCCUGGCUCCCUCUUUGAAAACGAGUGGAGCCUGAAGGCUGAGUACAAGCGAGCUGGGAACCGCCUAGAGCUGGCUGAGAAGCUUAGCACUCGCAUCCUCUGGAUUGGCAUUGCUAACUUCCUCCUCUGCCCCCUCAUCCUCAUCUGGCAGAUCCUCUAUGCUUUCUUCAGCUACACAGAAAUCCUGAAGCGGGAGCCGGGCAGCCUGGGUGCUCGCUGCUGGUCUCUCUAUGGCCGCUGUUACCUCCGUCACUUCAAUGAGCUGGAUCAUGAACUGCACUCACGCCUCAGCAAGGGGUACAAACCAGCUUCCAAGUACAUGAACUGCUUUAUCUCCCCACUUCUCACCAUUGUGGCCAAGAACGUGGCCUUCUUUGCUGGCUCCAUCCUGGCUGUGCUCAUCGCUCUCACCAUCUAUGAUGAGGACGUGCUGGCGGUCGAGCACGUCCUGACCACGGUCACCCUGCUCGGGGUGGGCAUCACGGUGUGCAGGUCUUUCAUUCCUGACCAGCACCUGGUGUUUUGCCCAGAGCAGCUGCUGCGAGUCAUCCUGGCACACAUCCACUACAUGCCUGACCACUGGCAGGGCAAUGCCCACCGCUACGAGACCAGGGAUGAGUUUGCCCAGCUCUUCCAGUACAAAGCGGUCUUCAUCCUGGAGGAGCUUCUGAGUCCCAUUAUUACACCCCUGAUCCUCAUCAUUUUCCUGCGGCCCAAGUCCUUGGAUAUUGUUGACUUCUUCCGCAACUUCACCGUGGAGGUGGUGGGUGUAGGUGACACCUGCUCCUUCGCCCAGAUGGAUGUGCGCCAGCAUGGCCACCCAGCGUGGAUGUCGGCAGGAAAGACGGAGGCCUCCAUUUACCAGCAGGCCGAGGACGGCAAGACAGAGUUGUCCCUCAUGCACUUUGCCAUCACCAACCCCAAGUGGCAGCCACCCCGCGAGAGCACAGCUUUCAUUGGCUUCCUGAAGGAGCGGGUGCACCGGGACAGCAGCGUGGCACUGGCUCAGCAGGCUGUGCUCCCUGAAAAUGCCCUCUUCAGCUCCAUCCAGUCCCUGCAGUCAGAAUCAGAGCCUCACAGCCUGAUUGCCAAUGUGAUAGCAGGCUCCUCAGCACUGGGCUUCCACAUGAGCCGGGAUGGACAGGCGUCCCGCCAUCUCUCUGAAGUGGCCUCAGCCCUGCGUUCCUUCUCCCCUCUCCAGUCUACCCAGCAGCCUCCCAGCGGCUUCCAGGCAGCAGGAAGGGAUGGAGAGGGAGCCCAGCCUCGUGGCACCAGUGCCAUGACAACCUCUGGUGCCGAUGCGAGGACCAUGAGCUCGGGGAGCAGCGCCUGGGAGGGUCAGCUGCAGAGCAUGAUCCUGUCAGAGUAUGCCUCCACUGAGAUGAGUCUCCAUGCACUCUACAUGCACGAGUUGCACAAGCAGCAUGCCCAGCUGGAGCCUGAGCGGCACACUUGGCACCGACGAGAGAGCGACGAGAGCGGGGAGAGCGCCCACGAAGAGCUGGACACUCAGCGGGGUGGCUCCGUCCCCAUUCCUCGCUCUGCCAGCUACCCCUUCUCCUCACCGCGGCAGCCUGCCGAGGAGACUGCCACACUGCAGACUGGCUUCCAGCGGCGAUACGGGGGCAUCACAGACCCAGGCACAGUGCACAGAGCUCCAUCACACUUCUCCCGCCUCCCUCUGGGAGGCUGGGCCGAAGAUGGGCAGUCAGCGAGGCACCCAGAGCCCGUGCCAGAGGAGAGCUCGGAGGACGAGCUUCCGCCACAGAUCCACAAGGUAUAACCUUGUAGACUGGGGAUCUCAUGGGGCUUGCAGACUGGGAGCCACCUGGGCAGCAGGAUGUGGCAUCGGCCUGAUUCUUCUCCUGUCCUGAGUGGACAUUUUGUUGCCAUCAAUUGCCGAAGAGACAAAACUGCCAGGCCGGUGGCUUUGCUGUGGCACUUUGUGUCCAGCCAUGUGUCAAGUCAACACCACUCUGACUUGUGGGGUGAAUGCGUGUGUGAGUACAUACAUGUGUCUGUGUUCACAUCUGUGUCGUCCGUGUUGGAGGAUCUCUGCAGAGCCUGUGGAAGCUGACGUGACAGGACUAGCAGUGAGGAGCUGUGGACUGGCGUGGAGGUGGCAGCAGCAGCUGCUCUUCAAAGGGAUGUGAGAUGGCACCAGCUCUAUCCAGAUGUCCUUCCGGAGCUGGGACCUGCCUCCAAAAUGAGGGCAGGAGUUGUUGAGGGUGGUCUAGCUCAGCCUGUAGCGCCACAAUGCCCUGCCUGCAGCCCUGAGGAGGUGCCCAGGACCACGCUUGUCCUUCCAGAGGGGACCAGUGUUGUUCCCCUCAGCCCUGAGCAGGACAGCAGUGGGGCACUAACCCACCCCUCUGCCCCAGUACCCUGCAGAGGGAUGGGCCCUGGUUGCUGCGGUGUGAGUACGGGUGGGAUAUAGAGCUGGUGGGAACAGCUCUGGCUCGAUCCCAGGAUACUGCAGCUCUUCCCUGACUCACAACAGCUGGCCCAUUCCCUGCAUGCAAGAAAGGGUCAGUGAGAUGAAGUCCUGGGUCCCUGAUGUCCCUCCCAUCUGGCAGCCUCUGUGCCAUGCCUCUGGGCUGGGCCAGCAGCAUCCUUCCCCUGUGUGGCACUCAUGGGAUGCAGGCUGCUAGUGGGCCCUCCUGCAGUGCCAAAGAGACCCCAGUGUGGAGCAGCCAGGCAUCUCUGGGUAGUGCUCACAGCCCCUUCAGAGCCCACCCUGAAGGUCUUUUGCUCUAUGUGUUGACUCCUUCUCUCCAGGCACAAAAAAGGCCUUUUUCCCCAUGCCCAGGUGCUGUUGCAUUGGGUCUGUCCUGAUGCUCUUCCUGUGAAGUGGGCCUUUCCUCUUCUCCAGGCAAAGGUUUUGGUGCACCUCGCCCAGAGGCUCACAGCUCCUCCUUUCCUCCUGAAACCUCCCUUUUGCUUGCAACAUGGUUUCAGCUGCUGUGGAGACCAUGUACCAAGCAGCUGUCUCAUGCCUGGUGGGGCAAGCUUGGAUAGGAGCCCUGAAGAAGGGAGCCCAGCGUGGGGAUCAUAGUGGGGAAUCAGAAUCCCAGCUAUGCUGUGUAGCCUCAGACAAGACCUUCCCACCGUCCUUCUGGUUUCCCUCUCUUCUCUUUGCAGCUUCUGAGAGUUUGCAUUUCAGCUAACUUCUGCCAGGAUUUGCUUUCCAUUCUUCUCGCCUCUGGCAGGGGCUGCUUGCUUUGGCCAUGUCCUCUGUGAGCACUGCACACCAUCCUCUGCUGUCCCUGGAGUCCAGGGCCACCCCUCUUCCCCUGCCAGGGUUAUUGCCCUCUGCCCUUUGAGCACGGGACAGAACGUGCUGCCAAGCCACCUACUCCCAGGGGUACUGCACCCGUGUAGCCCAGGCAUGAGCAGGGCUGAGGGGCUUGUGCAGGGUCAGGCUCUUUGGGGUAGCAGACUCCCUGCUGCCAUGAAAAGGGCUAGGCUGGGCUGGGGCUAUAAUUGCUCUGGGGUCAAAGAUCAAACAGUAUGAGAUCAAACAGAGCAUGCUAAAGUAUAGCUUGGGUGGGAAUAAGCUCUUCAGUGUUGGGGUCAGGGCUCCAUGGAUCUGAGUGCUGCUGGGGUCUUUCCAUGAAGGAGUGGCUGCAACAGCCCCACAGCAGCUUUGGCUUGGGACUGUCAUGGCUUGGUCAAAGGAAACUGAAAGCAAAUCCCCGGGAACCCAAGCUUCUCCGGUUGUCCAGGCUGCUGCCCUGCUCGAGAGGAGCCUCUCUGGGGCUGUGGGACACUGUGUUUGGGUUUCCCAGUAAAGUUGCUGCUGGUCUGUAAGCUGAGCGGCAGGAGGCAGUGCCUAGGGGCAGUGGGAAAGCCUAGACCUUUCCCUGGGCUGUCAGGAGGGAGAGGCCGGGCAGAGCAGGCCUGAGACUUUGCCGCAUGUUGUGCUUGUGUCAGUGUCCCAUGUGCAUGGCGAGCCACUCUUCCUCAUCUCCUCCGGGGCGGGCGGGUGCGGGGGGUCCCUGGGGAGUGCAGUACCGCACCCUCAUGCCCUCGCUGUACAGCUGUAUAGCCGUCUAAUAAAGAUGGGGUGUAUCAUCCCUUCC